AUGGAAGUGGAAGGUAGAGAGUGCAACUCUGCCAUUCAAAGUGAAGAAGAGAUGAUGGAACUGAGGAGAGGACCCUGGACUGUUGAAGAAGACAUGACCCUCAUGAACUUCAUCGCCAAGCACGGUGAAGGCCGCUGGAACUCUCUUGCUCGCUGUGCUGGUCUGAAACGAACCGGAAAGAGCUGUAGAUUAAGGUGGCUCAACUAUUUACGCCCUGAUGUACGACGUGGAAAUAUUACUCCUGAAGAACAGCUUCUCAUUCUAGAGCUUCACUGUCGAUGGGGCAAUCGGUGGUCAAAAAUUGCUCAACAUUUACCAGGACGAACAGAUAAUGAGAUCAAGAACUAUUGGCGAACCCGGGUUCAAAAACACGCCAAACAGCUCCAAUGUGACGUGAACAGCAAGCAAUUCAAAGACACCAUGCGCUAUCUUUGGAUUCCAAGAUUGGUGGAAAGAAUUCAAGCCAGUUCCACCCCCACAGCCACCGGAUCCUCCUCCACCACCUCCACCACCACCUACCACCACCACCACCCCAACAACAUAAGUAUGAGAUCCGGCCAAGUGGUUCCACCACCACCACCACCCGCCACCAGUAUUGGGGGCGACUACGGUGGUGUACAACCGGAGAAUUCUAGCACGGGGGCUUCAUCGGACUCGUUUGGGACGCAGGUUUCACCUGUCUCUGACCUGACUGAUUAUUACAAUUAUCCGGUUAAUAAUAACCAUAACCAGGAUUAUUACCAAGUUAAUCAGGUUAGCUACCCAGAUUCCCUAACCAGCCCCUCUGGUUACUUUAACCAUGGGUUAGAUUUCCAAGCCAUGGAGCAGAACAACAACCAGUGGUUUGAUGCAGGGGGGGACACAUCAGACAAUUUGUGGAAUGUUGAGGAUAUUUGGUUCUUACAGCAGCAGCUCAACAACAAUAUUUGAAAAAAAAUAAAUAAAUUAGGUAGAUACUAGUAAAUUAUUAAAAUCAUGAAAUACAAAUAGAAUUUGUGAACAAGGACAGGUUUAAUUGUGGAUUAUUACCUUAAUUUGUAUUUUAUUUUAUUUUGGGAGAGAGGGUUAAACUUGUAAUUUGAGAUUUUUGAGUCUCAUUCUUUGAUAUUGACUUUUGUACUUUUUAUUUGGAUAAAUUAUAAAUACACUCCUAAGAUUUGCUUAAAA